GGGAGCGCGUACAGAGGGCAGAGAGAAGACACAGUUUGCUCUCAGCCAGGCAACGAGGACAGAAGAGAGCGCCAUCCACGCGCACAGAAGGAGAGGGACACAGACUUGCAGGCACACUGGCAACACACGCACACAGGCAGGCAGGCAGAUAGAUAGACAGGCUGUGCACACACACACUGUCUCUCUCCCACACACACACACACACUUACUCACUCACUCUGUCACAUAUGCUCUGUGAAGCAGAAGGUGACAACAUCAUCAGCGGACGGGAAGGGACAGAGAGAGAGAGCGAGAGAGAGAGAGAUAGAGAGAGAGAAAAUCGCUUAACGCGCAGUGCCACACAGACAGGAGGAGACUCCAAAUGCGCACAGUGAGAAAGGGACUUCUCUUCAACGUACAACUCUCAGAGGAUCUUUACUCUCAACGCGACACAUACUCACCCCAAGGAUCUCAACAUUACAUGGCUAGAGGACAACUGGGGUGUCUUUGAAAAAAAAAAAAAAAACACCAAUUGACCUUUGGAUGGAUUGAAUCGAUUUGGCCUUUUAUUGAUUGAUGGAUCUUCACUGAUUGAUGGAUCUCCACUGAGGGGUGAAGGACACUCUUUGUGGGUGAAUUUGUGUAUGUGUGGGUGUGUUUCGCGUGUGCAUAGGAGUGUGUUCAUUGCACGUGCUGCUUAAGGGAGAAGUAGUUGAAGGGUGACUUAGGCAUUUGCUGAGCUCUCAUACAACGUGAUUGUGUGGGUUUGUGCAUGCGUGCGUGCUCAGAGUUCACUAGGUGUUCAGUAGGUGCACGUGUGUGUGUGUGUGUGUGUGUGUGUGUGUGUGUUUGUGGCUGAGUGAGAAAGCCAAAGGAAAGCAAAGCAGCACAAGCUGCCUUGCAUCUUUGGAGGUUAACGCUCCACACACACAUCAAAGCUGUGUGACUGUACAUGUGCGUAUGUGUGAGCGAAGACCAACGUCUUGCUUUAUAGCCUUGUGCAUGUGUGAGAGAGAGUGAGUGUGUGUGUGUGUCUCAGCACGGAAAUCUAACAGGAGGUGGUGUUAUUUUUGUCGAGAUUUUUCCCGUCUACCACCAUCUCGCACACGCACACACCUCCACCUGACGGAGUCUCCCUCGUCAGCCAGUGGUGUGCGCCGAGUACAAGACCCAGACAGCCCUGUGGAGGAGUGGCAGUGAAGAUCACUCAUCGAGAUUGUUUUUGCAAGUGUGUAUGCUCAAACUGGAGGACCAGUGUGUUGUGGAAUCCCUGUUGGAGGAGACUGAAGAACACUCACAAUUGUGAGUAAGAGACAGUGUAUACAACACACCGGUGUCUUUGCAUCUCUGUGAAGGAGAGUAAAGAGUACUCGCAAUUGUGAGUGUGUUGAGCGCGUGUUUUGCAUUCAACGCAACACCCACGAGUGUGCGUUAGGUUAGAGAAAGUCUGUGUGUGUGACGGGUGUGUGCGUGUGAGUGUGGGUAAAGGGACACAGCUAUAGAGACGGACUGCUGGACCAUGAGUGAGACGAGUAAGAAGCGUGAGCUGGACAUGAGGGACAAGGCCAUCCUGCACCAGCAGAGGAGACUGAAGCAAGCCACCCAGUUCACACACAAGGACUCGGCAGACCUGCUGCCCCUCGACGGACUCAAGAGACUGGGCACCUCCAAAGACCUGCAACCCCACAGCAUCGUGCAGCGCCGCCUGCUGGAGGGCAACAUGCCGCGACUGCGUGGUGCCGGCCCUGACGGCCUCCUCCACCACCAACACCACCCCCACCAUCCGCAGGACCCCCUGGCGGCAUCAGCAGCGGCAGCGGCGGCAUCCCGUGUCCGCUCCCCCCUCGCCAACAGCAAGGAAGGCAGCUCCGGGGGCGUCUCCACGGAGACGGAGGAGCGCAGCGAGAGCACGGCCGACGACUCCACCGAGGAGCGCGAGUCGCCCGAGGAGAGCGAGAAGAGCCUGAGGUCUGAGGAGGACGAGGACGAAGACGAGGAUGACGAAGACGACGAGGACGAUGAAGAGGAGGACGAUCAUCACAGGGAGAGGAGGAAGAGGAGAGGAGUGAAGACUGGGAGCGGAGGACUGCAGACUUCCAGCAGCAGGGCCCCUCCUGGACGGAAUGGAGGGAGUGAGAAAUCGGAGGAGGAGAAGGAAACGGACGGAGAGAAGGAGGGAAGAGAGACUUCAACGCCUCUUGCGGCCCUGGUUGUCCAGUGCAAAUGUCACGAUGCUGAUGUGAAGGCCUCCAUCAACACUGGCUGCCAGCAUAACCACAUCUCCCGCUCAUGUUGCAGACGGCUUGGGCUGAAGCCCAGUGUGGAGGUCCCGGCGGGGGUGAAGGCUGAGGGCCCCCAGGGCCGCGUGCAGAGCCAGGGGCAGGAGGCCCCCACCGGCAGCCUGGUGGGGGGGCUGCAGAUCCAGCUGGGGAGGGACCGGGUGCAGUGCUCUGCUCAACUCACAGAUGAUGAGGGGUUUGACUUGUGCCUGGGUCUCCAGACUCUACUGGAGCUGAAGUGUUGUGUGGACCUCAGCUCCAGGGUCCUCCGUCUCCAGGCGAGCGGCGAGGAGGUGCCAUUCCUGGACGUCUCCUCCGACCAACACAGCCAGUGCCACCAUGACAACAACAAAAACAUGUGAUGUCACUUCCUGUGACCUCACACCUCUCUUUGCUUAUCCUGCCACCCAGUUGUCUGGAGAAGAGACGAAGGAGAAGUGGACGGAGAAGGAGGAGAAGGAAAAAUCGGAAGGACAUUAAAUGUCAAGCUUACUCUUCAUCAUUCACCCUUACUCUUACCCGUUCUAUCUCUCUCUUUCUUUCUCUCUCUCUGAAACACAAACCUUUCCACCCUUUUGUUUUGUCUGCAUUCGCCAUGGUCUUGUUCCCCAUCGCCCUGUGCAGCAAUGUUUUUUGUAAGGUCAGUGGAGGAUACAGGAGGUUUGGGUAGUGAAAUAAGUCUAGUUGUGAGUUGGAGUUCUUUGUGUGGCUUGAAGAUCCUUCACUUUACAUCAGUGGGAACGGGACUUUGGCUUUGAGGAUUGACAAAUUCUGGAAGAGAACAUGAAAUAAUCCAACAAAAAACAUUAUUGUUUGAUUGGUUGAAUGAGACCAGAUUUGGACUGAUUAAAUUACAUUUCUGAAUUGACCACAAUCAGAAGAAAUCUAAGUGACCAAGUGGCAACAUUAAUAAUAUCAGUUUAAUCAAUAUUUACAGUAUUCCUAAACCAUUCCUAACCCAAUGCCAAUGCAUGUUGUGGUGCUCAUAAACAGGAAAUUUGCGGUGUUAAUAUAACCCUUUUAGCGUUGAUUUCAACACUCCUCUGGCUGGUCCUACCUAAACGCUUUAACAUUUUACAGUGUAGA